AUGCAGCAAGUCGACCGGGCUUUAGGAUCAUUUGAAACCCUUGAAGAAUGGGCAGAUUACAUUGCCUUUUUAUCGAGAUUGCAAAAGAAUUUACUGCUUGGAACAACCCCUAAGUCGGUAAAAUGGAUCCCCAGGUCGUCCCAGGUAGCCAACCGGUUAGCUCUAUGUUUAUCGUCCCAAUUGCCUAAUGGAGUCCACCAAAAGACUCUCAGCAUAUACCAACAGAUCUUCAAUAGUUUGACCAUAGAAACAUUGGAUUGUGACGUGUCUAUUUGGCUAGCAGGAUUGCUUCCUGUGCUAUCGUAUUGUUCUAUUCAGGUGAAGCCACUUGUGCUUGACAUUUACCGCAACCAUAUCCUCAAAGACGUUUCCAGAGACCGAUUGAGAGCCAUUAUUAAGCCGUUGAUCUUAAGUUUGUUGCCGGGAAUGGACGACGAGAACUCCGAAGUGUUUAAUGAUGUCAUUGGGUUAGUGGACGAGUUCAAGCGGAAACUCCUGGACGAUAGUUUAUUUUGGUACUCGUUCUUCUUGUGUAUCAUUAGCAAUCCAGAGAGACGAUUGGGUGCCUUAUAUUGGUGCAAUAGACGGUUGCCCUUAUUCAAUAGUAUCCAAACAUCACCAGAUGGAGAUAAGAUGUAUACGGAAGAAGCGCGUGCAUGCUUGACUCCGGAGUCCGGACUUUUGGUCCGAGCGUUAACGGCUGCGUUGGAUGUCUCUACUAAAUACACCACAGUGAGCGACAUUAUUAUCAUUAGAGGCUAUUUCGAUCUUCUAUUGAGCAGAUUGUCCUUGGACAGUCUGGUCAUCAACAAGAUGAUCUUGAAAUCAGACAAAAAAAAGCUCAUGACUGCCUGUUGUGAAGUGACUUUGAAGAAAGAUAUGAGUUUAAAUAGAAGAAUAUGGAGCUGGUUAUUGGGACCAGACUCCAAGAAGAACUAUUUUGAAACCUACGGGUUGGACUUGUUGGUGGAAGGAAUCUUAGACCAAUUGGAGGCGUCAUCAUCAUUAUCAAAAUCUGAAGACUACUUGAAGAUAUGUUAUGCUUUAAUAAUCGAUAAAUGGGAAAUUAACCAAGCAAUAGCGCCAAAACUUGUGUUGCCGAUCUUGGAGUUUUGCUAUCAACAGCGUGAAAAGGAUACCAUUGUGUUAUUGGCUAGAACGUUCAUGGAAGGUGUUGAACUCAAACUAGUAUGGAAAAUUCUUUUGGAUACUGUUUUAAAUGGUCAAUUAGAAUUUGGAGAGUUUAUUUUAAGAACCUUUGAUUGUAAUGAUCAAGAUUGUGGACGAACAUUUGCUCCCCUUAUAUUUUACGUCUUUUUGGUUCAUGAUCCAAUUAUAAAUGGAUCUUGGGUUGCAUUAUUGAAGUUAUUUCUUCAAGCAAUACCCAGAGAUGCAUUUAUUACUGUUGAACUGACCACAGAUGUUUUUGAUGAUGAUGAUGCUGGUGCUGAUUUAAUUCCACAGAUUCAUAAAUACUUUGAGGAUUCAGCUUCAAACUUAGAUGAUAGUGAAAUAAAUAUGCCAAUUUCAAUUGAAAAGGCUAUUUAUUUAUCAACUCAAGCAUUUCAAAAAUUAAUAGGGAACCAAAUUGUUGCUGGGAACAGCAACUUGGAAUUGUUCAGUUUUUAUUCUGAAUUCUUAUACAUCGCACCACCAGGGAAAGCGAAGGCUGCAAGUUUGAUAUCAAUAAUGCUUGAAUCACCAGUAACAUCGGUUACAACGAUGUCAGAGGCUGAAAAGAGAUCCAACCUUCUAUUAGCAUUCUCAUUAUGCAAGAUACUUAACCAUUAUUCUAAACAUAUGGAGGUCCUUCAGUUAGAGAAACUACUAAGAAUUAUCUUAACCAAUCUUUGGACAGCUUUAACUUCCCAUUCCGCAAUCAACUUUCAAGUCGAAGCUGUUAAGGCCAUUUUUGAUUUGGAAUUGACUUUUGCAGCAGAUAAAAUCGAAGCUGGAAUCUUGAACAUGUUACGCAAUAGUUUGAAGUACCAAAGAGUUAGGGCCUUCACAGCUCUUUGGAAACAUUCCACAGCUUUGGCAGAAGGUGAAUCCAUUUUGGUGAGACCCUUGCAGCUUUUGCUUGAUAGUCUUUAUGAUGUUGAAGAUCAAGAAUAUUUGACCGUUGUUGACUUUGUUUCCAAUGUGAUAAAGAAUGGCUCGGUAAGCAGGUUGAUAAAGCUUAUCACCAACCCGCUUUUAGAUUUUGAGUUUCUCCAGCCAACAGUGACUUGCGUAUCUGAGUUUGAUGAUCUUGGUCAAUUUAGAUACUAUCUAAAGACUAUCUUGAACGUCAUGAAUUGCAACAAAAGACAGAUUAAGGAGGCUCUCAGCAACGAAUUGGUGGUCAUGGACAGCACUAACAAGAUGAAGUUAUUCAAUGAUAAUAACUGGAGUAAUUCCACCUACAAAUCUUUCAUCUACAGUGUACUUGAGAAGUACUUACAAUUAACCUUAUCGGAGCAAGUGGUGACUAAUGACGAGUUGAUUGGAGACUACUUGAACUGUACCACUGUUGCGUUGGAGUUGUACCAAUCGUUAAUUAUUGGAUCUGAAAAGGAUUUCCAUGCUCGUUUCCACACUUUAAUGAAAGCAUGUUCUUAUUAUAUUCAUCUUGAUAUCAGCUACGGAUACGAGGUAGAACUUAUUGAAACAAAGUACUUGGAAUGUAUAUUCCAUUUCCUUACGUUGGCAGAAGAAUUGAACAUUAAUCUCAACUUACUCCAUGUUGAAGACGAACAAAAAGAUCCUUUGUUAGUGCAGUUUAUUAUCCAAGGUAUUGAGAACACCAGAAGCGGAGUCUUGAUGGAAAGAUGGGUUUCGUUGCUCACUCGGUCAUUAUAUUUAUUUAACGAAUCUGUUUUCAGUGUGAUCUUUCCUCUCAAUGAUGCGUUGAUAAAGAAGAUUGAAAGUUAUUUCAACAAGAUCAUCAAAUUUGAAUCUUUUGAUGCCUUAACGGACGCGGAUAUGUCUAUCAAUAUGCUUCUUUCCGGUGUGAAUGACUUGCUUUCCAUAAGUCACAGCUAUUUGAUCUCAUCCAAUAUGAAAGAUGGAAAUAGUGGAAUUGGUGGUGCUGGUGUCGGCAUUAGAGGCAACAGCAACUCACAAAACGAUAGUUUUUUUGGCAAUGUCAUUCAAGGUGUGUUUCUGAUUGAGUCUCCGGCUAUACGAACAUCGGAACAGAAUAAAUUGUUCUCGAUUCUUUUAUCGUUCCAUGAUGCGAUCAAAAUGUGUUUCAAGAUUUGGAGUUGGUCAGACUCGAAGCCCGUGGCAACUGAAAAUGGACAAAAAUCAGUAGUCGAUUUGGCGCACAGAUUAAAGUUUAGAGCAAGAAAGUUGUUGGAACUGCUUAUGGAUUUGGAGAGACAAGAAGUCAUAGAGUGUCUUAUACUUGUUGAUUUAAACAUGAAGACCAACAUCAAGCUUUUAAGUGUUUUAGAUGGUGGAAGAUCCCAAUUAUCAUUGCCCUGUAUUUUUGACUCCAUUAUCUCCAGAUGCCAUCCUCAAACUUUAGAUGCUCCAAGAAUGUCAUCAAUGAACGUUCCUAUUUCUGCAAAGGAUGUCUCCAAUUUUUUACUCCAAUACAUUGAGUCUAUUGAUAGUGACACCAUCUCCCAGAUUUGGAAUUUUGCAGUGCAAUUCUUCAAGGAUGUUCUUUCCUAUACCAAUAUGUAUCGAGCUAUUCUUCCAGAAAUGUUGAAAAUCAUUAUGGCCAUCUCAUUGAAGUUGUCAGACAGCAACCAUCCCGAAGUGAAGAAGAACAAGAAAGAACUUGCCGAUAUCUUUCUUAAAGUGUUCAAUGUCAUUGCCAACAGUAAGUCAUUUAGAAAUUCGGAUACCGUUAAUGGUGGAGGUGGUGAGUUUGCUUCUGAAGAAUCCGAGGUUGAUAAUGUCUCCCAAGAAGAAGUCAUUGCUGCCCUUAGUCAGGUAGUAGGACAUGCUGAUACGAUCUUGGAAGAUCUUGAUAAGGUGAAUACCUUUAUUUCAAGUACCAUCCAACAUAUUAUUAUUCCCAAGAAUAAUAAUAAGAAAUCACAAGAAUUGACAGAAAAUGCCCUUAAACUAUUACAGUUGAUUGGGAAAUAUCACCCUAAUAAAGCAUGGAAGUCGGUGAUUGUAUCAUCAUUUUCAGACCAUGACUUUUUCAAUCAAAGCAGUAAUAAAAUUUGGCAAUCAAUCCUUUCCAUAUGGGUUGAUAAUGAAAAGUUGAAGCUUUCUGAACUCAAGUUUACCAUCACGUCGAAUGCUGCGACUAACCUUUUCAAUUGGAAUGAAAGCUCGGAAGAUGUCAACAAGAUUUACAACUUAAAACGGAUGACUUACUUGAUUCUUAUCAAGCCGAAAGAUUAUUUUUUGAGUAGUCUCAAUGGAAUCUUCGAUAUGGUUGAAGCUGUGUUAUCUGAAGAAUGUUCUUCAUUAUACCGGAGGGAGAUUAUUAACUUUUUAAGGGCUAUAACUUUACGUUUUAGUGAAAUGCACUUGUUAUCCAGAUGGACAGUCAUUUGUCAGCAAUUACUAAACAUAUUUCAAAGUAUAUUGGGGAAAUCACCUAAAGAAUUGAUUGGAAUAUCAACAGAUGAAUUGGCACUUAUUCUUUCUGGUUGCAAAUUGUUAGAUCAGCUUCUUGUGUCCCAAUUUGAUGAAUUUAACCUUCUUGAAUGGUUAUUUGUUUCUUGCACUGGUGGAAAUCCAAGUAUCACUAACAUCACAUCGGAUACACCCAAAAUUGCAUUUAUCGAUAGACUUGCUGCAGAAACUGAUUUUGCAUUUCUGAAAGACCAAGUCAUUACAAUAGAUCAACCACUGGAUCCCAUUAAACCCUUAUUGGCUGGGUGUAAAAGAAUUACGAGUAUAACCAGUUUGAGAGCGUUUUUCCAAUCUCUCAGUCUCAUACAUUAUGAAAGAACGUAUGGUUUAUUUGAGGUUGACUUUAUUGCUUAUGGCGACGACAUUCUCUGUGAUAUCGAGGCCUAG